AGGAGGAGGAGGAGGAGGAGGGGAAAGGAUGAUAGCUCGUCUCCUUCCCCCAGUGUGUUAGAGACGUGUGCCGAGUGAACAAGAAGGGAACGAAGAUCUCUGAAACUUGUCCCUCGUUCCCCGCCCCCUCCCUGUGUGCCGCCCUGCCCUCGCCGCUCAGCUGGGUACCGCUGCCUCGCUAUGUGCAAAGAAGUGGUCAUUUGUUUUCUGGUAGUAUUAAUUGCCAGCAGCGGGACAGCGGAGGGAGAUAAACAGCCACUUGAUCCUUAUGACAUCGAUGUGUUGGCCAGUCACUAUGCUUCCGUGUCCUCUUAUCCGUUCGCCAAAGUGGUGGGGAUGUUCAGCCAGGUGGACGAGAGCUCCUGCCAGUGUCAGGACGCUUGGCUGCCCUGCCCGCUGGAAAUUAGGGAGAAAUCUGUUGUGAAAUUCAGGGGGUACAGCUGCUACACGCCCAGACGGUACUGUUGCCAGAGGAAGCUGAUCCCGCGCCUGUCCCUCGCCUUGCACUACAACCUGGAGCACCUCGCCGUCACCGCCACGCCGCUGCGCCACACCCUGACGGAGGCCAAGAAGGAGGAUGUCUCUGGCUCCGCGGCAAGGACUAAGCCUUCAGGAUUCACCGCUGGAUCACAUAACCACCUCGAGAGGCACCGACGAACUCUGAGAGGGACAAAUGAAGAUCCCAAAAUCAUGAACAAAAUCCCCUUGUGUUCCUGUACAACCUCGGAGAAGUGUGCAACCUUGUGGGAAGCGUACCGUGACCUCCCGAAGGCCAAGAUCAAGGCGAGUCUGAACUGUACGGGACCCAGAGAGGUCACGUGCUGCCUGGGCCACGCUUUGACCUUCGACGAGCGAGAGACGAAGAGAAAAACAACGGAAGAUUCAUCACAAGGGUUAUCGAUUUGGCAAACUGCGCUGUCCGGACUUGUUUCCUGGCUUGGCUAGAGAGAGAGAGAGAGAGAGAGAGAGAGAGAGAGAGAGAGAGAGAGGGGGGGGUGGGGAAGGGAGGGAAGGAGUAAUACAAGAUACUGUUUUUUCUUGCAUAUCUUCUAUUUGAAACGGAUUUCUACUUUUUCUCAUUUUUCUCAUUAAUCUUUCUCCCCCCUGCUCCUCCUCCUCCUCUUCUUCCUCCCCCUACUUCUCCUCCUUCUCCUUCUCCACCUCCACCUUCUCCUGUUCCUCCUCCUCCUCCUGGUCUCACAGGGACGCGGAGGUGAACACGUGGAAAAUAAGAAAAAAAAAAGACAAAAAUCUAGAACCACUCUGAUGAUGGUUCGCUGACCGGCCAACAAUGUAGCCAAGGCAAGGAAGACUAAUUGCCACCUCAUUAUGACGCGCACCUCACCACACACACACACACACACACACACACACACGUCGUUUGUUAGUGAUUUACGCUGACUGAUCUUGUGUAAUUCACCACCACGGUCGCCUGCUGGUCACCCAGCCAGUCUUCCCCAUUACGGAGCUCAUAGACCGAUCUUCGGGUAGGACUGAGAACACAACACACUCCACACACCGGGAA